UCAGGAGAAAGCAGUGGAAGUUGGAGUCAUUGUCAAGUGAUUGAGACCUUGUACAAGGAAAUCUCGUUGAAUGAAAAUCAUUUAAAUUAGUGACGUAACAAGACCAAUUAUUAAAGGUGACAGUGUACAGAAAACAUUAGAAUUGAACAAUGACUCAGCUGUAUAUUUACAUCAGAUUAUUGGGAGCCUAUCUGUUCAUCAUUUCUCUUGUUCAAGGGCAGAAUCUAGACAGUAUGCUCCACGGUACUGGGAUGAAAUCAGACUCAGACCAGAAAAAGUCAGAAAAUGGAGUAACUGUAGCACCAGAGGAUACCUUACCUUUUUUAAAGUGCUAUUGCUCAGGACACUGCCCGGAUGAUGCUAUUAAUAACACAUGCAUAACUAAUGGGCAUUGCUUUGCUAUCAUAGAAGAAGAUGACCAGGGAGAAACUACGUUAGCUUCAGGGUGUAUGAAAUAUGAAGGCUCUGAUUUUCAGUGCAAGGAUUCACCAAAAGCCCAGUUACGCCGGACGAUAGAAUGUUGUCGAACCAAUUUAUGUAACCAGUAUUUACAACCUACGCUGCCCCCUGUUGUUAUAGGUCCUUUUUUCGAUGGCAGCAUUCGAUGGCUGGUUGUGCUCAUUUCUAUGGCUGUCUGCAUAAUUGCUAUGAUCAUCUUCUCCAGCUGCUUUUGUUACAAACAUUAUUGCAAGAGCAUCUCAAGCAGACGUCGUUAUAAUCGUGAUUUGGAACAGGAUGAAGCGUUUAUUCCAGUUGGAGAAUCAUUAAAAGACCUUAUUGACCAGUCACAGAGUUCUGGUAGUGGAUCUGGACUACCUUUAUUGGUUCAGCGAACUAUUGCCAAACAGAUUCAGAUGGUUCGGCAAGUUGGUAAAGGCCGAUAUGGAGAAGUGUGGAUGGGUAAAUGGCGUGGUGAAAAAGUGGCAGUCAAAGUGUUUUUUACCACUGAAGAAGCUAGCUGGUUUCGAGAAACGGAAAUCUAUCAAACUGUGCUAAUGCGCCAUGAAAAUAUACUUGGUUUUAUAGCAGCAGACAUUAAAGGUACAGGUUCCUGGACUCAGCUUUAUUUGAUUACUGACUACCAUGAAAACGGAUCUCUCUAUGAUUUCCUGAAGUGUGCUACACUAGACACCAGAGCCCUGCUCAAGUUGGCUUACUCGGCUGCCUGUGGUCUGUGCCAUCUCCACACAGAAAUUUAUGGCACCCAAGGAAAGCCUGCAAUUGCUCAUCGAGACCUAAAGAGCAAAAACAUCCUCAUCAAGAAAAAUGGAAGUUGCUGUAUUGCUGACCUGGGCCUUGCUGUGAAAUUCAACAGUGAUACAAAUGAAGUUGAUGUACCCUUGAAUACCAGGGUGGGUACCAAACGCUACAUGGCUCCAGAAGUGCUAGAUGAAAGCCUGAAUAAAAACCAUUUCCAGCCCUACAUAAUGGCUGACAUCUAUAGCUUUGGCCUGAUCAUUUGGGAAAUGGCUCGUCGUUGUGUCACAGGAGGGAUAGUAGAAGAGUACCAACUGCCAUAUUACAACAUGGUACCCAGUGAUCCAUCAUAUGAAGAUAUGCGUGAGGUUGUGUGUGUCAAACGUUUGCGGCCAAUUGUUUCUAAUCGAUGGAACAGUGAUGAAUGUCUACGAGCAGUUUUGAAGCUAAUGUCAGAAUGCUGGGCCCACAAUCCAGCCUCCAGACUUACAGCUCUGAGAAUCAAGAAGACGCUUGCCAAGAUGGUUGAAUCCCAAGAUGUAAAGAUUUGACAGUUAAACAAUCAUGAGAAGAAAUUCUACACUGCAAGAACUGUUUUCACCCAAGGAACGGGUGGAAUUACAGUCGAGUUAGGAUGUUAACUUGGUUCUCAGACUCUUUCCUCACUACACCUUCACAGGCUGCUAAUAUUAAACCUUUCAGUACUCUGUAGAAUACAAGCUGGGAACUUCUCAACACUUCAUUCUUUAUAUAUGGACAGCUUUAUUUUAAAUGUGGUUUUUGAUGCCUUUUUUUUUAUUGGGUUUUUAUGAACUGCAUCAAGACUUCAAUCCUGAUUAAUAAGUCUCCAGUCAAACUCUGGGUACUGAAUUACUUGUUCAUAAAAUGGUGCUUUCUAUGAAAGCCUUAAGAAGAUAAAUGAAUUCAGCAGAGAUGGAGAAUAUACACUUUUGCCUUCUACCGGGGAAAUUUAAUCUAUUUGUAUUCUACCUUUGUAAACAACCUAUGGAUUAUGAUCUGUUUGGGAUACUGUUUAGUUUAUGAUGGUUUGUCAUGCCUUGAUAAUGGUGUGUGUGUGUGUGUGUGUGUACACACGUGCAUACCAGGAUUCCUCUGCUGCCAUUUGAAUUAGAAGAAAAUAAUUUAUGAAUGCAUGGGAAGAUAUUGGUGGCUGUUGGUUUUGUGCUUUAAAAAUGCAUUAUCUGACCAAGAUUUGCCAAUCACUUAAAAGCCAUUUACCUUGCAAGUGAGCUAGCUUCUCCACCAACUUUAUUUUUUAACAUAAAAGUUGAUAUAAAGGCCAAAAGAGGUUUAAAGUGUCUGUAAAUUUAGACUAUUUUGCUCUUACCACCAUCUUUUUUCUUUUUUUUUUUUAAUUAUUAUUUUUGUCAUGAAAAGCAUCCUAUCCAAAGUUGGGACUUCCAAUUCCAUGAACCUUCUAAAGAAAAACACUUCUUAGUGAAGUGAAUUACUAAUUACUGCAUUUGAUAACAAUGUAAGUGCCUAUAACCAUGUUCUGUAUUCUUUAUUCUCAGUAACUUUUAAAAGGGAAGUUAUUUAUAUUUUGUGUGUAAUGUGCUUUAUUUGCAAAACACCUGCUCCUUUAAAACCAUAUUUUAUGUAUGUACAUAUAUUCAUGCUAUAGAAACCAGCUCACAGGUACCUCACAUCCCAUCCUUAAGGGA